AUGGUCAGACAACUCAAACACCACGAGCACAAGCUCCUCCGCAAGGUCGACUUCUUCAAGCCCGACACAAAACAAGGCACUAUCCGCCAGAAUGAUGUAGUCCGCCGCUACAUGAUCCAAAAGCCCGAAGACUACACCUCCUACAACCGUCUCUGCGGCCAACUACGCCAACUCGCCCAUCGCCUGACCCUCCUCCCACCCGACAACGCCUACCGCCUAGCCACCGAAAAGAAACUCCUCGACAAGCUCUACGACAUGGCCAUCCUGAGCGAACGCAGCAAACUCUCUGCCGUCGAGAACAAAGUCACUGUUUCCGCUUUUGCGCGCAGACGUCUGAAUGUCAUCCUCACAAGACUGCAAAUGGCUCCCGAUCUCAAAGCCGCCACAACUUUUAUCGAAGGUGGUCAGGUUAGAGUGGGUACCGAGGUUGUCACUGAUCCUGCUUUCUUGGUUACGAGGAAUAUGGAGGACUUUGUCACUUGGGUUGAUUCGUCAAAGAUCAAGAGGACUAUCCACAGAUACCGCGACAAGCUGGACGAUUUCGACUUGCUUUAG